AUGUAUAUCCCAGCUCUGGCAGCGGUCGGGACCUUUGUUGCAGCGGCGACGAGCAUACUCUACGACGGACGUGCGCCAUCGAACUUGACUGCAGCUCAGUUGGACACCUCAAGCGGGCCAUAUGUCACUGCAGUAAAAGGCAGCCAAAACGCGAGCCAUUACACUACUCUGCUAGGACAGAGCGUCGCGCCCACACCCUUGUGGGGCGUCGAUGAACAGAGCAUCCGCGUUACCAUCGACAACACUUCCGUCUUCACCCCGGGCACUGCAGCGCCCCAGCUGGGUUUCCGAAGGACCGAGCUCAUCGCACAGGGCAACCCGAUCUCGAACCGCACCGCUUUCGACGAGACCAUCGAGACCGGCGUCACCGCGUUCCACUUCUCCCUCCAGGCAGAUCCACAGCGGCCGCUGAACCUCACGCAUGACUACCAGGUCGUGUUCAUCGAGCCCUCAGAUGGAACGCACGUCUUCGGCCUCGAGCUCGGCACCCCGUUCAACCAGACCCCUGACGCGCUGUCCCACUCGCUGAAGCUGCUGGCGCACGACUCCACGGUGGUCUUCAACACGUCGUUCACGGACGCGGACUGGCACAACUUCGCCGUCGUCGUCGACUGGACGCAGCGCACGCUCCAGGUGCUCUACUCCGCGAACGCGCAGACGCUGCAGACCGUCACGGACGUCGUCCCGAACACGAGCGCCACCGCAGGCGCGGCUGGGCAGGGCGAAUUUCACUUUGGCGUCCUCAAGCUGCCCUUGAUAGAUCCGACACAAACGUCUGCUCAGCAGAGCGACGUCGUACAUUUCGGAAUUCAGGAGGGAACGACAGAGGGCCUGAUCUACUCUGGCGUCUUCGUGGAGAGUGCGUCGAGUGGUGUCAGCGUAGGCAAUGGCAGGACAGUGACGCUGUGA